CAGAGAAACAGGGAGAGAGAGAGAGAGAGACAGGAAGAGGUCGGGCACAGGGAGAAGGGUUGGGAAUUGGAUGGGAUGCAGUCAUUGCAGAUUUUAUAAUUAGUUGGAAUUCCUGUUGCAAGUCCCAGUCCGCGGCAAAGAUGAGCUGUUUGAAACUGAAGGAUCUCGUGAGUCCACGAAUAGGAAAAUGUGACACUUGGCCAGAAUCGCUCAGUGAAGACAAGAGGGCAGCUCGGAAGGAAAAUCUCUUCAUGGAACCGAAGAGGAUAUCACCCAAAACCCCGGUGAAAAACGAAUUGACGCCGAGUGUGCUCUCGUGGCGCAAGUGCUGCACCCCAGAUCGAGUUCCGGUCACUCCCGUUAAACUCACCGACAAGUUAUCUCCUGAGCCCUGGUCACCCACCGCAAACCUGAAGAUGCUGAUCAGCGCAGCGAGUCCGGACAUCAGAGACAGGGAGAGGAAGAAGGAGCUGUUCCGCCAGAUUGAGAACGAGACUCUCGGAAGCGUCGGUGGUGGUGUUCAGCUUGGUGCGAUCGAUGAUGGUGUCACAGAUGAAUUUGAACAGCAGAGGCCAAGCAGAAAGCAAAAAAGCCUGGGCCUUCUCUGCCAGAAGUUCCUUGCCCGCUAUCCGAUUUAUCCCAUUUCAACCGAGAAAACAGAGAUCUCCCUGGAUGAAGUGGCAACUGAACUUGGAGUGGAACGCAGACGUAUUUACGACAUUGUGAACGUCUUGGAGUCUCUUCAACUGGUCAGCCGGUUGGCAAAGAACCAGUAUUCCUGGCAUGGACUGCUCGGUCUCCAGCAGACUCUAGCCGCAUUGAAGAAACGUGGAGAGCAGCACAGGUAUGCAGAGCAGCUGUCCUACAUCCAUCACAAAGAACUAGACUUCAUUGGAGAGGAAAUGGAGAAGAGAGAGCCAGCCCAGGAACCUUGGACCAGCUGCCAGGAGCUGAGCAGGGAAGGAAAGUCUGUGGAGGCUGAGAAUAAAUCAGCAGCUAUGAACAGCAGGAAAGACAAGUCUCUGCGCAUCAUGAGUGAGAAGUUUGUGAUGCUUUUCCUUGUGUCUGAACCCAAAACUGUUGCUCUUGAUAUCGCUGCUAAAAUCCUCAUUGAAGAAAGUCAGCAGGACACGGCCGAUAACAGCAAGUUUAAAACUAAAAUCCGCAGGCUUUAUGACAUUGCCAACGUGUUGACUAGUUUGGGACUCAUCAAGAAAGUCCAUGUGACUGAAGAGAGGGGUCGGAAGCCUGCAUUCAAGUGGGUUGGGCCUGUCCGUCCCCAUGGGCCUGAUGGUAUUCCGGAUCAUUCCGCUGCAUUAUCAGCAUCAGCAAGUUCUGCAGAAGCUGGCUUCCCAGUUACAGUGAACACAAAGGAGCGGUUAGAGUGUCCGUCUUCAAUCCAUACUCCGGGCUCCUGUACCAGCCAGUGCAAAGCCCAGUCAGCUCCUUGCAGCCCCGCUAAAUUUCAAAAAGUGAGAAGUAUUGGAGCCCGAGAAUGUUCCAGUAAGAUGGUGCAGCUCGCUGCUGCUUGCAGGCUGCAGUUUGAAGAAGACAUGAAGAGCUUGGAAUCUCCCCGAAAUCAGGAAGAUCGUCAACCCCAAUCCACUCCCUUGGCAUCUUGUCCCCUGUUAAUUACUAACAUGGCCAGUUCUGUUGACUCUCCUGUGAGACCUCUGGCACAGGAUGGCUUCUCUCUUCCCCAGACUGAACUAUCACUACCGUUCUGCUUUCCUAAUGCUGCCACUGGGCACCUGACCCCCAUGCCCCCAGCUGCUGUGCCCAACGCAGAUGAUGGCUACCCUAGCCUCCUGAAGAACCAGCCAAUCGUAUUCCUGCAGAGUCUGCCCACAGCCCCUGUCUUCAUGCUUUACAGAAACAGGGAGUCCAUUACUGAACCCUCUCCUCGACCCUGUGAGGCUAAAUCUUCAGCACAUGAGGAAACGUUGUUGCUCAUACCUGGAGAGGUUGAGGUUGGUGCGUCCAUGAGGAACUCUCUGAAGCGUAGUCCCACGGAGCGAUGUACACUGCCCGAUGGACAUUGGAAAGAUGACAAACCAGAGGCUAAACGAGGGAAAACUCUUUGUUGCCUUGAACAUGCCUCUGGAGGGCUUUCUUCCAUCUUGUCUUUGUCAUCAAUGGAGCAGCAAUCUUCUACCCAACACAAAACUACCCUGAGAAAUCGCACCCAGAGUCUUGACCAUAUUUCCGAUGCUGCUGCCAGUGUCCCAUCUCAAACCAGCGACAUGAACCUGGAGUCUAACGUUCCCUCCACACAAACCCAGAUGGACAACUGUCACACGGAGCCGGGGAAUGCUGAAAAGUGGAAUCAUGUUGGAACAGUCGAGAAGGGGCCUCCCCUGAUGCCCUCUGUAAAUCUUGUACAGCCUCCGUUUGUUAUCCACGGUCCGAGUGGAUCAGCUGAGAAAAGCCAGAGCUACCAUUUGACAGCCUCUCCCGGUAUGAGCGAACUGAAUUUGUUACUUUCCGCUAAUCGGAGCCUCGGUGGAAUUGCUGUACCCCCAGGUCAAGUGGCAUCGGUGAGUCUCCCCUAUCAGCUGAUGGUACCAGUGAUUUGCCAGCCUGUUCCUCCGACAGAAUCUGCUGGGAACUCCAUUCACAACUCCGGCCUAGUGCAUCUCAGCUUACAGAAUGUCAACCUGCUACCGACUGCCCAGCUUAUAAUGGGCAGGGGCUCAGUGCCCACACCAACCAGAGCCAAUAUGAGAUCCUCCUCACCAGAACAACAAAUCUAUUCUCUGCUCACUCAGGCCUCUCAAGAAGAUCCUGCCAACAAAAUUGAGCCUCUCACUCUGCAGCCCGGCACUGUCAAACUCCAGGAACAGUCACUGAUUCCGAUAACACCUAAGGAUGAUCAGCCAUUUGGGGAAGGUUAUUUCCGCACACCUGUUCCCACAGUGCAGGGCAAGAAGAUGGAGGGGCUGCAGACGAAGAUAGCAUCCCCAGCCCAACGCAGGCUGGAAAUUGAGAACAACGCGACUAAAUAAUGGAUUAUAGCAACAUCUUAUUGACUCUUAUCAGUGGGAGAUUAACGGCAGUUGGUGAAGGAUGUCCGGAUUGUUAAUGUUUCCUCCAGUGCGAAUGUAACUCGCCGAUUUGUUUACAAGCCCACAUGGAGUAAUCGAGGUGAAUGGCUGUAUGUCUAAGACGUCCUGAAGCACUAAGCAUUUUCAAUAAUUUUCCUUUUUUUUUCCUGCAGUUUAUGGGAGAGGUUUUAUAAUAAUGUUACAAUUUACAUUUUAAUAUAUUACAAUUGGCAGAACAAUUCCGAGCAGGCAACUGGACUUUUCUGGAGCCCAAAAACAGCAAAUAGCUUUCAACAUAAAGGUGUGAACUCUUAUAGAGGUCAGGGAGAAUGUAAAAUAAACACUGGUUAACCACAACACAAAGAACUGUUAGAAUUCCAUUAAUAGCUCUUUAUUAUGCGAAAAAAAACUUUAAAUGUAAAUACAAGCGACAUUAAUGUCCAGCCCUAUCACUGACGAUGGUGGGCAUUGGUAAUGUGAGAGUCUUAAAUGACUGCAGAAUACUGUGACUUGUAUAAUUGUACUGAAUAUUAAUCCUUGUUGACUGGCAAGUUUCAAUAUCCCUGCCCCACCUGAAACCAAUAGCAAUGGUUAGAGCAAAGGGUUUCUAGUAACUAUACUGGACAACACAUUCACGGCCACAGCAUGGGGGGAUCUUUAGUUUAAGAGCUGCAGCUAAUCAUUCACAUUAACUUCAAAGCCAUUUCCGAUCCAAUCUGUGGUCCCUAAUUGUCCCAGUAUCCUAGACUCUCCCCAUCAAUGCAAACAAGCUGCAUUCUUUCAUUUAAAAAAAAUUCAUUUCAAAGAGAUUGGGUCACAGUUUAACAAUAAGGGGUCACCCAUUUAAAAACGGAGAUGAGGUGAAUUUUUUUUCUCUGAGGGUUGUGAGUCUUUGAAAAGUUGGUGGAAGCAGAGUCUUUGAAGAUUUUUAUUCUUGGUAAUAAUUGGUUGAAUAGAUUCUUGGUAAGCAAGGGGGCGAUAGGUUAUCGGGAGGUAACGGAUGCAGAUUUGAGGUUACUAUCAGAUCAGCCAUGAAUUCAUUAAAUGGCAGAGCAGGCUCGAGGGGCUGAAUGGCCCACUCCUCCUUAUUUGUAUGUAUGAGUUAGUUAUUGAAAAAGGUCUCCAAUUUACUAGCUAUGCUGUUAUACCACUAAAGGUUACUCUUCGUUCCUUUAAAGGUUUAAGAUCGUUUUAUUCCUUGUGGCCCUAUGGAGGGAAGAAUUGUUCUGAGUGGUAAUUCUUUAAAAUAACCAGCCCUCUGAAUAUGGACGUAGCCUCCGGGGCCCACAUUUAAUGACCUUUGAUGUUCCUCUUUCAAUUCUUCCACAAAUGAGGUGCUUUCCUAAACCCCUUUCAUCCCAGGGAACACAAUUCCGAAUUAGACAACCCAGCGAAGAAGAAAAGGAAGCUACGCCGAGCACUUGAGGUGGUUAGUCUUUGAGGGCCUAAUUGAUGGGAGUUGGAGAGGGGUCCAAUAUAAACUUGAGUCACCGUUUGGACACUCGCAGCCCAUUGUAUUCACAUAGCAACAAAAAGGAACAGUAAUAGGUCAUUCAAUUAGAUCAUGAUCUACCUGUCAGCUGCCAUUUUGCUGCCUCUUGUCUCUUGAUGCCCUGAGGCAACAAAAACCUUCCUGACCUCCAGCCUUUAAGCUCUGAUUCACAUUCUUCAAAUAAACCACACCCAGAUAACGAGGAAGAUUUUUUAAAUGUAUUCCUGGGUGGUGGGUGUCACUGGCAGAGCCAGCAUUUAUUGCCCAUCCCUGGUUUCCCCACGAGAAUUUGGUGCUGAGCCGCCAUUUUAAACAAAACGGAGAGACUUGCCAGCAAUUGGAGGACAGUUUAGAGUCGGCCACAUAGCUGUGGGUCAGGGGUCAGGUGUAGGUCAGACCAGGUACAGGUGGCAGAUUUCCUUCCCUAAAGGAAGUUUGUGAACCGGAUGGAUUUUUACAAAAUCCAAGUUUCCUGGUCACCAUUUACUGAAACUAGAUUUUUAUUCUAGAUUUAUUUAUUCAAUUGAAUUUGAAUUUCCCAACUGCUGGUGGUGGGAUUUGAACUAGUGUCCCAAAUAAUUUGUCGGGACCUUUUAGUCCAGUAACGUGCUGCAGAAGCUCCUAAACAUGUCAGCUCAUUUCAGUAGUUACGUAAGCUUGGAAUUAUCCUG